AUGGUGGACACGAUCGAGUUGCGCGUGAGCGAGAACUUCCCGCGGAUUCCGAAGCUCUGCGAGAAAGUGGCGACCACUUUCUUCGCGUGUUUCUACGAGCACGGGAAGCAGCCGGAAGGAAAGUCGGACACAGAAGUGGGCAACGUCGCGCUGGAACGAUGCAAAGACGCGUUGCUGGCCUACAACAGCUGCGUGGACGUCGAGGUGGCCAAGAAUCCGAAAGAGUUUUUCCGUGUGCCAGAAGCCUAUCGCAUGCGCGAGUAA